AAAAACACAAAACCUAGCGGAGCGAAACCCAACUAAACCCUCUCCUCGCCGUCACCCCGUCGCGGCGUCGCCGCCCACGAAAAUGGCUGCGCUCGCGAUCCUCCUCCGCCAGGGCCGCCGCGCCCAUGCCCACGCCCGUGGCCUCCCCCUCUCCCGUGCGCUCUCCAACACCACAGCCAGCAGCGACCCUGGCGCCACCACGGGGUCCAGCGCCAGGCGGCGCCUCCGCCGCGAGUUCGAUCCGGACCGCGCGGUCUCCAUCCUGGAGACCAUCGACACGGCCUCCAUGUCGGCCGGCGCCACCCGCAACACACUCUCCGUCGCCGCGCGCCGCCUCUCCGUAGCCGGCCGCGUCGCCGAUGCGGAGGCGCUCAUAUCCUCCUAUCUCGUUGCGUGCACAACCGAGCCCUACCUCGCCGCCGUCCUGUGCUCCUACGCCUCCGCCAACCUCCACGAGAAGGCCCUUGACGCCUUCCGCUCCACUGCGCCGUCCCUCCCGACCCCCAUCUCCGCGCUCCCAUUCAACGCCCUCCUCUCCACCUUCCUAAGAUGUCGCCGCCACCACCGAAUCCCUGCCCUCUUCGCCGAGCUCUCCAAGGAGUUCUCCAUCACCCCCAACGACACAUCCUACGGCAUCCUUGUCAAAGCCUACUGCAUGAACCGCGACGAUGCUAAGGCGAAGCAAACCUUGGAUCAAAUGCGUGAGCAAGGUAUCUCGCCGACCACCAAAAUCUACACCCCAUUGAUCGAUUCAAUGUAUAAGCAGAAGAAGACAGAGGAGGCUGAGCUCUUGUGGAAGGAAAUGGUAGAGAGUGGAUGCAAACCUGAUGUGGCGGUGUAUAAUGUGAAGGUCAUGUAUUACGGACUGUAUGGGAAGCUGGAAGAGGUUAUGGAGGUGAUGGAGGAGAUGGAGGCGGAUGGAGUGAAGCCGGACAUCAUCACCUACAAUUUCCUCAUGUCUAGCUAUUGCAGAAAUGGAAAAUUUGUGGAUGCCAAGGCUGUGUAUCAUUCACUAGCUGAGAAGAGGUUCUCCCCAAAUGCUGCUACAUACAAGUAUAUGUUGGCAGGGCUGUGUGCCAAUGGCGACUUUGAUGCUGGGUUGGGCAUCUUCAAGGAAAGCUUGAAGAGGAACAAGGUACCAGAUUUUUUUACAAUGAAAGGGUUCGUUGAGGGAUUGGUAAAGGGAGGGAUGGUGGCUGAGGCCAAGAAGGUUAUUGCAGAUAUGCAUAAGAAGUUCCGAGUGUCUGGGUGGAAGAAGCUUGAGAAGGAGCUUGGGUUGGACUUAGAUAGCGGGGACACUUCUUGUUCAAAAGGUACAUCUGGAAAAAUUGUUGCUGAAGCAAAGUCUGUUGCUGCGGAUGCAGAGGCACUUGAGCUUGAAGGAUCUGCUGCCGAGGAAACUGCUGUAUCAGAAGAAUCCAGUGAUGAUGAGGUGCCUGUGCCUGGGGAAAUUCCACGAGGUCCCACCUAAGUGGGUAUUACCAUGUUCUUCAAGUUUAAUGUGUUUAGGAUUUGUGUAUCACUGUUUAAUUUGUGGUUAAAAACAAAUUGAAUAGUAGUUCAUGUCAGGAAUGUCUGAAAUCAUUUGGUGACAGAUUUGACAAAACCUGAAUCACUGAAUAAGAUUUGGCAUUGCUGUUGCCUUCUUGACAUUCCUGAAAGCUUAUGACAGGUUUUAAAAGCUUUCAGUGUGAGUAUAUUGCUCGGUGGAUUUGGAAUGUUGUGUUGAGUCUGUCUAGCCCAUAAGCUUCCAGACUCAUGCAGCUGGAAAUUUUUUAUAUCCUACUUAUCCAGGAAAUUUUGGUA